UUUCUGCCUUUUCUAACAUUCACCAAAGUUUGAACUUUUUCCUCUGGGAAGACAAAGUUCUACGGGUCUGAUACGUUAUAGGUUUAACGACAUCUUUAAUUUUGUUUAUUGAAAACUAUAUAUAUUUGCAACUAGAAUUUACCUUACCAGCGAAAAUUUCCGUUUUUUAGUUUUUCAUUUUCCUACUUGAGCUUUAUUGAUUGAGAAACGGGGAUCAUUUUUGUUUCAGAUUAUAAUUUGGAUAAAGCUGGGAUUUUUAGUGUGAAAAUUCUGAUCAUUUAGGGCUUUCAAAUUGAGGAUUUAGGGUUUCGAACAGAUUAUUGACUAUCCGGGUUCGAAUUUUGGUUUAUUUGGGGUGGAUAUUACACUUGGCCUUCAUGUGAUAAAGGUCGGAAUUUUAGGGUUUGUGAGUGUGGCGUGGGGUUCAAUGGGGAGUACUGGUGAGGCUGACCGAAAACGGCGUCACUUCAGCUCCAUAUCGCCCAUUGCUGUUGCAGCAAAGAAGCGACCAUGCUUGCCAACUUCAGAGGAGAAAAAGCUUGAUACCGCAGUUUUGCAAUUUCAGAAUCAAAAGCUUCUACAAAAGUUGGAGGCCCAAAAGGUUGAGUGUUCUGCUCUUGAGAACAAGUUCAUUCAACUAAAGGAGAAACAAAAGCGAUAUGAUUCCAUAUUGAACGCGGUGAAUAAAUCUUGGGAAGCAGUAGUUACUGACUUGGAAUCACGUUCCAUAACAAGAGAGUCCAGCAGACAAGAUGUUGGAUGUGAAUCCAAUACGAAGGACGGGCCUCUGUCUCCCACUGAGGAUCCUUUUCUUAGCCGACUUAUGGAGACAGGUGCAACUGAAAGUUCCUCCUCAGAUAAUGCCAAGCAGAUUAAAGAAGAUAGAGAACAAACUGCCUCCGAAACGACUAGGAUCAUUUUACACAAUAUAGUAGUUUCCAUUAAUGAUACGUGGCGCCUGAAGGAUGAACUAUAUGCUGCAGUUCGGAAAGAGCUUCCAGACUAUGAUUCAUGCAGACAGAAGGAGUCUAGUGAACUAGAAUCUGAAGCUAAGAAUCUCAGAUUAGCAAUCGGUGAUGUUCAUUUGAAACACAGAUCCAUGGUGAGAGAAUUGCAGAGCCAUAGCGAUAUCGAUGCGAAGAAUAAGGCUGAGCUUAAACGUCUAAAAGGUGAAUUGGAGAGUGCAGUAGUGGAACUGAAGGAAAGUAAUUGCGAAUUGGCAGCUCUUAAAGCCGAAAGAGAUGCAACAAAAGGGGCCUUUUUACCUGUCUUAAACCUUGGUAAGCAGGCUGCUGGUGAUAAAGUCAAAGAUAAGCAUCGAGAUCUGCAAGAAAUGGAAUCUGCCCUCAAAGAGCUGCUGGAACAAGCUUCUUCUCGGCUGAUCGAAUUGAAAGAGCUUCAUGUAGAAAGGAUAAAAAUAUUGCGGCAGUUAUCAGAUUUGCAGAACACACUAAAGAGCAUAAAGUGUAUUUCUUCUUCCCAAGUUUACCGUAAGAUGAGAGAUCAACUAGAAAAGUCAAAGUCAGAAGUUUUCUAUUAUAAAGAUUUAUUUGAGAAACUACAGAUUCAGAAAGAUAACCUGGCCUGGAGAGAGAAGGAGCUGAGUAUUAAAAAUGAUAUAGCUGAUGUUUUUCAGAGAUCAUUGGCAGUUGCUGAUUCUAGAGCUUCUCAUCUGGAGGGAGAGAUACAACGGAAAUUUGAUGAAAUAAAGGGAAUUAAAGUGAAGCUUGAAAAGGCAUCUGUACAACCAGGAAGAAAAGAAAUAAUUGCAGAUUUUAAGAGCUUGCUUUCUUCAUUUCCUGAGGCAAUGAGUUCGAUGCAGAGUCAAUUAGGUAAGUACAAAGAGGCUGCCGUGAAUAUUCAAUCUCUCCGCGCUGAUGUGCAGUCUCUUUCCAGUAUUCAUGAUAGGAAGAAGAAAGAGAGUGAGAAUUUAUCUGUCAGAUCUGCCGAUCAAGUUGCUGAGAUACAUAAUUUGCAAACCAUGGUGCUAGAUUUGAAUCAAAGUGGUAUGGAGUUGAAGUUGAUAUUGGAGAUGCAUAGACGUGAAUUUACUGAUUCAAGAGAUGCUUCAGAAGCGAGAGAUUCAGAAUACAAGGCAUGGGCUCGUGUUCAAAGUUUGAAAUCUUCUCUCGAUGAGCAAAAUUUGGAAUCACGUGUUAAGAAAGCUAAUGAAGCCGAAGCGGUAUCCCAGCAAAGGUUGGCUGCUGCAGAAGCUGAUAUUGCUGACUUGCGACAGAAAUUGGAGGCUUCCCAGAGGAAUAAGGCUAGGCUUUCCGAUACUUUGAAAUCGAAAAAUGUAGAAAAUGAAGCUUACUUAUCUGAAUUAGAGUCAAUUGGACAGGCAUAUGAUGACAUGCAGACACAAAACCAGCAGCUAUUGCUGCAAAUUACAGAGAGAGAUGACUAUAACACCAAGCUUGGUUUGGAAGGUGUUAAGGGAAAACAGCUGCAAGACACUCUCCUCUUGGAGAAGCAUACCAUGGAAAAGGAGAUUCAGCAAUCUAGUGCGGCCCUUAACUUCUAUGAGAUGAAAGCUGCAAAAAUCGAGGAUCAGAUGAGGUUCUGGUCAGACCAUGUUCAGAAACUCGCGGAAGAAAGAUCUCAGAAGUUAGUUUCAUUGGAAAAUACACGAAAGCAAUUGUCAGAUGUGAGAAGUUCAUCUCAACAAGAAAGGGAGUCACUGGAGGAGUCUCAAUCUAAGAUUGAGAAAACUCAAGUGGCAUUGGCGGAGUUGCAGGUUGAACUAGAGAAGGAAAGGUUUAGCAAGAAAAGAAUUGAGGAGGAAUUGGAAGUGACAAGAACGAAGGUUUCAUGUCUUCAAACCGAGACGGAAGGAUCAACAACUGCUGAAAGGCUUCAACAGGAACUUCAACAGUACAAGGAAAUACUGAAGUGCAGUAUCUGUCUUGACAGACCGAAAGAGGUUGUUAUUACAAAAUGCUUUCACCUCUUUUGCAACCCCUGUGUUCAAAAAGUUACUGAAAGUCGUCACCGCAAGUGUCCAGUUUGUGCUGCGAGCUUUGGUGCAAAUGAUGUUAAACCUGUUUAUAUCUGAUACUGGAGCUGUUGUCACAACUGCCCAUCAACGCGAUUUGGUCGCAUCUCGUGUGUAUUUGGCAACAGAUAUGCACUCUGACA